UUAUGACAUGGUACAUUUCGGCCACGCGAAUUCUUUACGUCAAGCGAAGGCAUUAGGUGAUUAUCUAGUUGUGGGUGUACAUACAGAUGAAGAAAUUACCAAACACAAAGGGCCACCAGUAUUUAUGGAACAAGAGAGGUACAAAAUGGUUCGUGGUAUCAAAUGGGUAGAUGAGGUAGUUGAAGGAGCACCUUAUGUUACGACUUUAGAAACAUUAGAUAAAUACAAUUGUGAUUUUUGUGUUCAUGGUGAUGACAUCACUAUGACAGCAGAUGGUAUAGACACGUAUCAUUUGGUCAAAGCAGCAGGUCGUUACAGAGAAGUUCAAAGAACAGCUGGUGUAUCAACAACUGAUCUAGUAGGACGUAUGCUUUUAAUGACACGGCAACAUUUUAAGCAAGGAGAUAGUGAAUACAGUGUUGAUAGAGAACCUAGCAAAAGUAUGGGCCAAGACAGAACAGCUCGAAGUCCAUGGACAGGUUGUUCACAAUUUUUACCUACUACACAAAAAAUUAUUCAAUUUAGUGAUGGCAAAAGCCCACAGCCUGGGGAUAAAGUAGUUUAUGUAGCAGGGGCAUUUGACCUUUUUCAUGUUGGUCAUUUAGAUUUCUUAGAAGUUGCAAAGAAAGAAGGUGAUUAUCUUAUAGUGGGACUUCAUACAGAUCCAGUAGUAAAUCGAUAUAAAUGUGGUAAUCAUCCAAUUAUGAAUCUUCAUGAAAGAGUACUCAGCGUACUGGCAUGCAAGUAUGUUAAUGAAGUUGUAAUUGGGGCUCCAUAUGAAGUUACUAAAGAUCUUAUGGAACAUUUUGAUGUAUCUAUUGUUUGUCAUGGUCAGACUCCUAUCAUGCCUUGUGAGGAUGGUUUAGACCCAUAUGCUGAACCUAAAAGACAAAAUAAAUUUAAAUUAUUAGAUAGUGGUAACGACAUGACAACAGAAAAAAUUGUUGAACGCAUAAUUCUCCAUAGGUAUGUUAUUUUUAUAUGCUAUAAAUGCAUGCAUGAUCGAAAAUAAUUUAUCAAUUAUAAUUUUAAAUUCUAAAUUAAAAUUAUUUAUUAUGUACAUAAAUUUUAUAUCAUAAUAUAUUAUUUUAAGAUAAAAUAUUACAAUUACAAAUGUAAAUUUAAUAAAUAUUUGAAAUUAUUGCAUAUCACUUAAUUAAAAAAUAUGAAAAUGUUCUUGUUUCAUAUUUCUUUUUUCAUAAUAUAGUUGAUAUUAUUCGAGAUUGAUGUUACAAAAUAAUUCCUUAAAAAAAGAAAAUGUACUGUAUGCAGUAUUUUGUUGCUAGAACAAAUGAAUUAUAUAUGAUAAUUAAGAACUUGAACAUUGAUGUGUUGAAUCUUGUCAUCUUGCAUUUUAUCAUUCAAUUUACAAUAACUUUUUCUUUCUUCCUUUAUUUUAUAAUUUUUUAUCAUUCAUCUGCUUUUGUAAUGGGAUAUGCAAUUUUAUGCUAACAUUUCAUGGAUUCAUGUUGUAUUUAUACUUAUGUGUAGUCUGCUAAGUGUCUACUUUUUAUAACAAAUUUGCAUAUCCCAAGCUUUUGACAGAUUUACGAUGUUUUGAUAUAGUGCUUAAUUGCAGGUUGGAGUUUGAAGAUAGAAAUUUAAAGAAAGAAAAAAAAGAACAAGCAGCUUAUGAAGCUUUUGUAAAGUCUCAAAAAAAAGAAAGGACUAAA